AUGCUGACGUCAGCGACCAAGGUGGGCCCGGAAGGUUCCUUGGAAGCUCACUACAAGCUGGUGGGCAACACUCUGGGGUGCGGCCGCGUGGCGUCCGUCAGGUGCGCCCUGCCCCGCUUGCUCCGCUGCCCGCCCCCCCUCUCUCCCCCCACCACCACAUGCAUGCCAACUCACCCCCGCCUGCUUUCCCUUUUCCCCCUCGCUUCCCACACUGCUGCGUCUCCCCACCAUCCCUGCGCCCUUCGCUCCUUCCUCUGCCUUCACAAAACCCCUCUUCUCUCUCCCCCCUUCUCCCCCCCCUUCUCCCCUCCUCCCCCUCCCUUCUCUCCCUUCCCCCCUCGUUUCGCCCGUCGGCCCACGCGCAACACCACCAUGGCCACUCGUGACUGUGCGUGCGGGGAGGGCAGGGAGGCGGUGGAGCGGGCAACGGGCGCGGUGGUGGCGGUGAAGGCGUGCUCCAAGAAGGUGCUGGCGGCUCGCCCCGCCUACAUCAGCCGCGUCAGUGCCGCUCCCUCCUUCCCCACGCACCACCGCAACCAUCUCCUUUCACACCGCCUUCUCGGUUUCGACCACCUGCUGCUGCUUCCAUCAUGCAUGCCCCUUCUUCCACCUCCUUCCUCUGCUGCGCUGCUGCCCCGCUCACUGCCCUCGCCCCAAAUGCCCCUCACUGUGCACUUUCACGCACCCUUCACCGGCCUCUCAUCUCCUCCCUCGUGCUUCCCUUCCUUAUCACACCGCAUCCCUCCCCACCUCGCCCCCCCCGUGCAGCUAUGGUCAGCACCAGCACCGGUCUCACCGCCCAUCAUCCGCCUGCUGGCAACGCACGAGGACAACCGGCACCUGCACAUCGUCACGGACAAGGCCCAGGGCGGCGACCUCUUCAUGGCGCUCGCUGCGCGCUCCUCCUUCACCGAGGCUGAUGCUGCGCACAUUGGUGUGUGGGGCAACACACACAGAUAUGACAGCUACUUUCGGAGUGAAGAUAUGCGUUCGUCUUUCAUCUAUCCCCCAUUUUCCUUUCCCCGUCCCCCAUUCCCCCUCACCUCCCCAUUUCCCCCCACUGCCCCAUAUUCCCCCGCGUUCAACCGUUCUGUUCGUGCCCGCUGUCCCCUCCGCCUCCCCUCUCCCCCCUCCCUGCUCACGUGCGCACCCAUCAGCGCGGCAGCUGCUGCAGGCGGUGGCGCUAAGCCGGAGAACAUUCUGCUGUCGGACACUCACUCGCUCACCAUCAAGCUCGUUGAUUUCGGCAGCGCUGCUCUCUUCCACCCCGCCCCCACGCCCGCCACCACCACCACCACCAGCAGCGGCACCACCACGGGCGAGGCAGUGCGGGGUGAAGAGGGCACGGAGCAGCGUGGCAAGGGUGGGGGGGUGCUGCGGGACUUCAUGGGCACGGCGUUCUACGCGGCGCCUGAGGUGUGGCAGCACGCGUACGGCCCCCAGGCGGACGUGUGGAGUGCGGGAGCCGUGGUGGCCGUGCUGCUCACCGGGCCGCCCCCCAGUGGACUCACUCGCGCCACCGUGCACUCCAAUGCCACGUGGCAGGCCAUGCAGGUGAGGGGCGUGCAUGGUAGGCCUGCAGGCGGACGUGUGCAGUGCAGGCGCCGUGGUGCUGCUGACGGGGCCGCCGCCCAGUGGACUCACUCGCGCCACCAUAUGCAGGUGGCACUCCAAUGCCACGUGGCAGGCCAUGCGGGUGUGAGGCGCGCAGCAGCGCAGUCGUUCCUGCGUGCCCUGUUGGAGCCCGACCCCUGGCAGCGCCCCACGGCCGCCCACGCACUGCUCCACCCGUGGCUGGCCGGCACUGCUGAGGGCGUUGCAGCUGCCGUUGCAGGGGACACGACACAGCCGGCUGUGGCGGCGACUGGUGCUUCCCUGGCGCGGGCAUCACCCCUGGUUGCAGCGCCCCUCACCGCCCAGCCUGGAGUGGGCGCAGAGGAGGCGAGCGCGGGAGAGAGAGUGAGUGGGGCUGCGGCAGAGAUGCAGAAGGAGGGGACAGGGAAGGCAGGCGAGGAGGACGGGGAGAGGAGCGCGAGGGACGAGGAGAGAGGGGAGAGGAAAGGGGAGAUGGCAGCAAGGCGGGUGGGGCAGAAGGAAGAAGAGAUGUUAUGGAAGGGGCGGGCACAGGGAGGGGCGGCAGCAGAGGGGCGAGUGAGGGGAGGCGUGCAGCUGGAGGGGUCGCUGCGAGGCUUCCGCCUGUACGCAGCUACCAGGAAGCUUCAGCGCGCGUGCGUUGCCCUGCUGUCGCUGGAGCUCAGCGAAUCGGAGUUUCGACAGCUCGUGCGCCACCUGGCGAGUGCCACAUCAGCACCGGGCACGUCACUGGAGGCAGUGAGCGAAUCAGGUGGGACUGUGGAGGGGCAGAGCGACGACAGGGGUGAGCAGCAGCAGCAGCAGCAGCACCCCCCUUCAGCCAUGCUGUCGCUGCCAGCACUGCUGGCGAGUCUAGACGCACUGGGGCACGAGCGGUUGUCACAGCAGCUCAUGGGCGUGCACAGCAGCGUCAUGGCGCACAGCAUGCUGGCUCACGUGCUUCCCACUGUGACGCUGCAGGCAGGAGCGGUGCACAGCGGUGCGAGCGCUGCUGGUAGCAGUGCAGCGGGCGGGGAAAGCGAGAGGGAGGGGUGCGUGCGAGGUGGUUCUGGUAUCGCUGCUGCGCUGGAGAAGCAGCGCCAGGAGCAGCAGCAGCAGGGAGCAGCGACCUCCUCUCUCGCCCAUCAACCCCCAGCCCUGCCUCCCGCGUCCUCCUCCCUUGCCAUCCCCCCCGUGCCUCUCCAUCGUGGGUCGCGGCGGUUCUUAGGGCUUAUGAAGGGAGGCGAGGGGGAGAAGGGAGGAGAGGGUGGCGGCAGUGUGCAUGGCGGCAGCCUUCACGGCUCACGGCGGUUCGUCAGUGCGAUCAGAGUGAGGGAGGGCGAGCAGCACAAGGGGGGCGGCAGCCAGCACGGCUCACGGCGCUUCUUUGGCCUCUUUGGGGGUAGGGAGCAGGAAGAUGCGAGUAGCAGGGCGGGCGGCAGCCAGCAUGGGUCACGGCGCUUCUUCACCAUGAUGCCUGGCAGCGGGGCGCCCAGCCCGGCAGCAGCAGGCGCGCCCAGCCCCGGAGGCAGCCUGCGCGGAAGCUUCCGCAUGGCCCGGCGCCUGGGGCUGCUGAGGAUGGGUGGGGAGGAGGGCGAGGGCGAGGAGGAGGACAUGGCGAGUCCCGGUGCGGAUGGUGAUGUGGUGGGUGCCAUGGGUGGAAUGGGCGCUCGCAGUGCAGCCCCGCUGGCCCUGAGAGGGCCGCUGUCUCCGCGCUCGCCGUCCGCCAGCACGCACAGCGACAACGCUGGUGGCUGGGCGCGACGACUCAACGCCCGCGCCAGUGCGGGUGGUGCCGGGAUGACGUGGCAGUCACCCGUUGGCCCGGGAAAGAGCCCCCUGGCUCAGGGUGUCUCGCCCCAGUCAGGUGGGCGGCAGCAUGGGCGAGGGGCGGUGGGGAGCGGUGCAAGCAGUGGUGCCGCCACACUGCCUGCUGCUGCUAGUGCUGGGGCGGGUCAUGCGGAUCGUGGUGGGUUACCGGGUGGAGUGGGCAUGUUGAGCUGCCAGCGCGUGCAGUCGUGUGUGGACCUGGCCGCCAUGGGUGGCGCUGCUGGGGAUGAGUCCAGCCCCGCUGCACGCAAUGGCGGUUCCAGAGGGUGGGGGAGGGGGAGGGGGAAGGGGGGUUUCUGGGGCCCGGUGAAAGGGGGAGUGCAGGGAGGUGGUGGGAUGGGUGGAAUGAAUGGCAAGGGCACAUCGGUGCACGGAGAGUGCUUGUACAGGGAGUUUCUGCUCAGCGAGUGCACACCUUGA